AUCUUCGAAAUAAAACAUUUUUUUCCGUACACUUUUCUGUCAAUAUGAUGUUUACUUAUUUAGUCUCCUACAUGGGGAUGCUAAACGGAAGACCAGUAGAAAACCUUAACCUAAACAGAAAAGACAUGUAUAAGCUUGCAGAAAGAAUGGGUUCUAAGUUAAGUCUGGUUUACAAAUCUAGGACAAUAAGUUGGAAAUUAUUUCACCCUCGUGUCUUUUAGCAAACGACGGUAUACAUAGGUGCUCUUCGCUUCAUCUAAGACAUACAUUUUAAGGCUGUAACUAUAGUAAGCAUUAAAAAAACUUGAAAGAACAUUUUGGUAUUUAUCGAUAUUUAUACAAAUUUAAAAUGGUUAGAGUUGCCAUAUUUCUCACAACAUGGCACGAAAUAAUUUAUCCGUGGAGAUGAACAAACAAUGCUACUUUUAAGCCUACAUUUAAAAUGCUAUAAAAGGUGCAAUUCUCAGUUCUACUAAGCAUAUAUAUAUAUAACACAACGUUCAGGUGGGGGUUCAAGAUUAUAGUAUUCAAGAGUCUUGUUCUUGCUAUACAAAUCUAUUUUUCAGAUUAAAUCAACUCACAUAUUUAUAUGAAGAGUAAAUAAGGUCCUCAAAUUAUGGCUGAAACCUUACACACGCGUAUUAAAACAAGCGACACUUCAUUAUAAGGAUGGUUCAUACCAUUCAUACAUGGGGCAGCCCUGGGUGAAAGUGCUGUUUUUAGACCUCCUUUGCGCUUAAAAUGGCGCCACCUGCAGCCAGGGCUGUAUACUUAAUCCGCAAGUUCCGAGAAGACGGGGGGAUGACCUGCAGAACCGCCCCGUUUUCCUAGAACCAAAGCUCCGUAAAAAAAAAAAUAACUCCGGCAGUACUAAUCCGGGCGCCUGUGGAGCCCAUCAGAUGAGAGAUUGCGGACUGUGAGUCAAUUUAAACAGACGGGACUAGAGGUCCCCCAUGGGGUGCGGGGGCCACACGUACAAAGCGGUACCGAGAACCCGGUUCCAGGAAUUUCAGCCGACUCACAUGAAACCAAAUCAGUGCAUGGUCAGUUGCUCACGAACACUUUCCGUCUGCUAUUCUUACUCUCAGCAGCCCAAAAGAUAAGGCUUUCCGGACCCACCGAGCUAUGGGAUCGGUUAUAUAAACUUUAUAGAAAGAUUUAACUGUUAACCCUAUGAUUUUUUAUCUACUAAGUAGUUCCUAUAUGCUGGUCUAUCCGAUCAGCGUUCUAAUAUUUUCUCUAAAAAAAGGAAACGUAUUCUGCGUGAUCUCAAACUUGGAUUAUAUUAUCCGUCAUGAUUAUGUGCAUACAGAGCCUGAGAACCUUGCUGCAGACCACAUACCCAAAGCCAGCGGUUGAGGAAGUGAGCACAUUUAAUCACAGCGAUGGGGUAGGAGAACCUAAGAUGCUGCGUGACACACCAUCACCUGCACCUCAGCUGGACACCCCAGACAGCCCACUAGACAGCAACCUCCUGCUCUGGGACCCCACAGAGGACCUCCGCUGCCUCACUCGAACCUUCCACCAGCUUCAUGACUCAGGCUGGUACUGGGGGCCUGUGUCGGCUGGUGAGGCCCAGGCGCUGCUUCGGGACGAGCUGGAAGGCACCUUCCUGGUGCGGGACAGCUGCCACCCGCUCUACAUGCUGACUCUGUCUCUUAAGACGGCCCGAGGUCCGACCUACGUGCGCAUCAAGUACAGCCACGGCCACUUCUGCCUGGACUCCAGCUGCCAGAGCAAACAGUCUCUGCCUGGCUUUGGCAGCGUAGGUGAGCUGGUGCAGAGCUAUGCCAGGCCCCGACGCCCGCUCAGCAUUGGAGGACAUAUGGCCCCGCCUGGCCUGACGCUCAGUGACGCCACCGUGCCACUCAGAUUGGUGCGUCCGCUGCGGAUACGAGAGACCUGUCCCUCCUUGCAGCACCUUGCACGCCUCGCGAUUAACCGUGCUGCCCCUGCUCCCGCACAGUUGCCCCUGCCACGUCUGCUGGUACAAUACUUACAGGACUACCCUUUCCAACUCUAACUUUGCCAGGGCUUCACCGCGAUGGGGGCAGAAGUCAAAGGCCUGAUUCCUAAGUGGCCGCAGCAAGGAUAAGAAGCAUCUUGUACGAAUUUGUAUUACUAACUGGUUUAGAAGUCUGCAAUAAACAAUACCUAGAAAACCAGUUUACUAUAUACAGCAUUAUGGGAAAUGUAGUGUGAGAUGUACCUUGUUCUCUCGUUUGUGAUUCCAACCCAGGAGGAAAAAAAUGAAAUGGAAUUGAGAUAUUGCUGCUUCUGGGUAUCUCACUGCAUAGUCCGCAGUCAGCAUGACAAAACAUUUCCCCUCUGCAUUGUGAUCUGAGGGCAUGUUUAGAUCAAAUAAAAGGUGAGCUCACUAACGGAUGCACUAACUGGCUUGCUUAGGUCUGAAUUAAUGCCAGGGCGUGGUCCUUUUAAUGGGAAUGUCAGGGCCGAAGGGGCAGCCUUGCUGUUCUCUGCCAAACAUUUUCAAGCCUUACUUCAUCUGUACCAUAUUCUUCCUGUUGCUAAGACAUUUGAAUCCAAUGCCCUGAAAAUAACUAGAGAAUUUCUUCUAAUACUGUUUAAUCGUUGUCCUCCUAGACCAAGCUCUGGUUUUGUAGAAGAAUUCUCAGAUUCUCCAACUUAAUUUUCUGUGUUAGUAAUGUCUAUGAUAUUGCAGGUUCAUGCUAGUAACCCUAGAAAAUCCCUUAAUGUGAAAUUGUGAAACUUCCUGUUUUAAUCUGAUACAUGAUAUUAUAGUUCUUACCCAUAAGAAAGGACAAACCCUUGAUCUACUAGUUUAAAAUGCACCUCUCUCUUAUUUUUAUAAAUCUGAUUUUCUGGAGUCCAAUUAUAAAAUUGUUUGUAAGAAUCUCACUCUUCAUUCUGGUGUAUUAGAUGAUCCAUACAAUUAAAUAAUCUCAAGGGUCUUAAUAACUCUUAUUUUCUGGAGUCUAGCUCUGCCUGUGUCAAACAGAUGAUCAUUAACUCCGCUCUACAUUCAGUAGCCCCUCUGAAAACUCAGACUGUAUCCUUCAGAUGUUCAUUAAUAGUUUACAGAAGAACUCUGCAUCCCGAAGACUCAGAAAUGGAGGCGAUGGUGCUUGUAGAGGAAUUAAUGGGACUUUUAAUGGAACCUUUUAAUGGAACUUUAUUAGAACACAGCAUUAAUGCCUUUUGUGUGUGUGUGUCCUUUUAUUCAGUAUUUAUUGCUAUGUGUGAAUGGUUGUUAUGCUACUCCACCUGCCUUUUUAAAUUGACCCUUGGGUAUAAAUAAAGUGAUUUGAAUUAAA